UAACUGGAAACAGAGCGCGAUUCCCACAUCUGGCAAUCUGUGUUCAGACGCACUGACGGAGCGUUCGUCUACAACUGCAGAGCGAAGCCCCCGCGCCCCGGGCAGCGGGGCGAAUCGACACCCGCUGCUCCCCGCCUGGUUCUGGCACCGGGAGGUGCAGAGUCCGGGAGAGUCCGGCUGAUGUCCCGCCUGGUGCGCUGGCUGUUCCCGGCCGUCCUGCUCCUGGCUCGGACUCAGAGCUCGGAGGCAGCGGCCUGCCAUGGGUGCACGUCUAGCAAGAAAUGUGACUGCAGUGGUGUCAAAGGAGAGAAGGGUGCGAUGGGAUUGCCUGGAUUUGCGGGGCCCCUGGGAAUGCCAGGGUUCCCAGGGGUGGAGGGUCCCGUCGGUCCUCCCGGCCUGAAGGGAGACACAGGGGAGCCAGGACCAGCAGGGAAGAAGGGAAUCCGGGGCCCGGCUGGAGCACCAGGAUUCCCCGGAACGCCCGGAUUACCUGGAUUACCGGGUCAGGAUGGUCCUCCCGGUCCACAGGGUAUCCCAGGAUGCAAUGGCACAAAGGGUGAACCAGGUCCCGUUGGGCCAGCAGGAUACCCAGGAUUGCAAGGCAUUCCAGGUCAUCCAGGUGCUCCCGGGCAGAAGGGAGAGCCAGGGGAAGUAAUCGGCUUUCCAGUACUGAAGGGUGACCCAGGAUUCCCUGGCCUCCCGGGGAAAGUGGGAGCCCCAGGUCUUCCAGGGCCCAUCGGACCCCCAGGACCCCCAGGUUACCCAGGACCCGCGGGUCCCCCCGGAAUCCCAGGACUCCCCGGACCAAAGGGCAACAUGGGGGUGCAGUUUUAUGGACAAAAGGGUGAAAAGGGUGAGCCAGGUGUUCAAGGGCCAGCAGGGCUGCCUGGUUCGGGAGAGCAGACUGGAGCCCUCGAAGCAAAAAUCCAGAAAGGAGAGAAGGGUCAGAAAGGUGAUCGUGGGGAACUGGGACCUAAAGGUUUCCCUGGCAGUCCAGGACAUUCACAGAUCGGAAUGAAAGGCAACAAAGGAGAGAUGGGCGAGCCGGGGAAACGGGGCAAACCCGGCAAGGACGGAGAGCCCGGAAUCCCGGGACAAAAUGGUCUAGUAGGUUAUCCCGGUUCACCAGGACUCCCUGGGCAGGACGGGCCCAAGGGAGAGCAAGGCAGUCGAGGACUUGAUGGUCCACCAGGACUUAUUAUUGAUGCAGAAGGGAACGCUAUUUAUGGCACGCAGGGAGAGCCAGGAAGCCCAGGUCCCCGCGGAGAGAAGGGUGAACGAGGCCCUGAAGGGCCCCCAGGACUGGCCGGGAUACCAGGCCCUCCAGGUCAGCCGCUGAAAGGUGACAAAGGCUUCCCAGGAUUCACAGGGGAACGGGGCCAGAAAGGUGACAAAGGAGAGCCAGGGAAAUCGAUGCCGGGCCUGCCGGGAAGUGCAGGUGUCAGGGGAUCCCCUGGCCCACCUGGUCCUCCGGGACCCCCAGUGUCCAGGGAAGAUUGUGUCAGUGUGCCUGGGCCAAAGGGUGCUGACGGACCUCGCGGUUACCAAGGGGAGAUGGGACUGAAAGGGGCCAAGGGAGAUACCUGCUUCCACUGCAAUGCGACCAUGUUAUUUGGACCACCAGGUCCUCAAGGCCCCCCUGGGCAACCAGGUGAUCGAGGGAUUCCGGGGACAAAGGGAGACCAGGGCCCACCGGGACGGAUAGGCUUCCCAGGCCAACCUGGUCCUGCCGGCAUUCCAGGACGGAUGGGAUCCCCUGGAUCCAAAGGUGACCCCGGUGACAUCCAUGCUUUACCAGGUCUGAAAGGAGACCGGGGUGAGAGGGGUUACCCAGGAAGCCGGGGGCUGCCCGGAGUGGAUGGAAUUCCCGGGAAAGAUGGAGCCCCUGGCCUGCCUGGACCCAAGGGUGAGCCGGCAGCAACUGGCUUGAAGGGAGAACCCGGACUGCCCGGCGCUCCGGGACUACAUGGGCCACCAGGAGACCAGGGCGUUCCGGGCCCUCCUGGACUGGGGCAACCAGGCUUCCCAGGAGAGAAGGGCAUCCAGGGUUUCCCAGGACGACCAGGUCUACCUGGGGUACCAGGUCGGAAAGGUGAAGCUGGAAAAUCCAUAGGUUUGCCGGGACUACCCGGAGUUCCGGGCCCCCAGGGACUGAAGGGUCAGCCAGGGAGCAGAGGUGACCCUGGGUUACCUGGUCUCCCUGGUCCUCAGGGAAUCAUUGGACCCAAAGGAGAUCCAGGGCCGCCGGGGAUAGGAUUUCCUGGCCCCACUGGGCCAAAAGGUGCAGACGGAGUUCCCGGAGAACCGGGUCCUCCCGGACUCACUGGACGGCCCGGAAUCGAUGGUCAGCCUGGGCCAGUUGGACCGCCGGGAGAGAAGGGCAUUCCGGGAGUGGGACUUCCGGGCCCUCGGGGAUUUACAGGUGUCCCUGGACCAGCAGGAGUUCCAGGACUUAAAGGGGAUGAGGGUCUUCCUGGAAUUCCAGGGGUACCAGGACAGCCGGGAAUCCAGGGCUUCCCCGGGAUUAAAGGCAACAUGGGUCCACCAGGUUCUCAGGGUCCCUCAGGACCCCCUGGCCCUCCAGGGAUUGGGGCACCAGGCCUGCCCGGCAAACCAGGACCUCAAGGACCACCAGGCCUGAUUGGGUACCUGGGACCCCCUGGACCCAAAGGAGACCCUGGUUUCCCAGGCCUGGACAUCCCAGGUCCACAGGGAGAGCAGGGGCCAAUGGGGCCCAAGGGUCUUCCUGGCCUUCCUGGUUUCCCAGGCCUGGUUGGACCACCAGGAAGAGAUGGCCCUCCUGGAUUGCAAGGUCCAAAAGGAGAAAUGGGAGUGAUGGGUGCCCCUGGGAGCCCAGGUUUCCCGGGAGAUCCGGGGAGUGUGGGACUGCCCGGCAGCAAAGGUGACCCAGGGUUGCCGGGUUUCCCUGGGGACCCAGGGAACACGGGUGAGAAAGGCACGAAAGGGGAAGCUGGUUUGAUGGGACAACCUGGUGUGCUGGACAAACACGAAAUGGAGAAGAUGAAAGGCCAGAAGGGAGAUACUGGGGAACCAGGGAAGACUGGUUUUCCAGGAACCAAGGGGCACCAAGGCAUUCCUGGUGAUCCCGGAAUGCCAGGGAAAGAUGGUGAGCCAGGAUUACCAGGAGUGCCAGGACCAGUGGGUGAUCCCGGAAUCCCAGGACAACCAGGAACCACAGGUGUCCCCGGAGAGAAAGGACUGAUCGGCGAAAUGGGCCUACCAGGUGUGCCAGGACCUCCCGGUCAACCAGGAGAUCCAGGACAGCCGGGCAUCCCUGGAUUCACUGGGCAGAGCGGUGAGAAAGGUGCAAAGGGAGACCCCGGGCCACCAGCAUAUGGGAUCCCGGGUGAGCAAGGUCAGAAGGGAGAGCCAGGUUUGCCGGGUUUUCCCGGUGACCCUGGAACGACGGGCGAUCCUGGUUUUCCUGGGUUGCCAGGCUCGAUGGGGCCGGCAGGGCCGAAGGGGAGUCCAGGACUGCCGGGAAUCCCAGGUAACCCAGGACUACCCGGCCCCAAAGGUGAUGUUGGACCCACAGGUGAACCGGGCUUCACCGGUAGCCCAGGACAGCCAGGUUCCACGGGGCCUGUGGGAGUUCCAGGGCCUCCCGGAGACAAAGGCUCACGAGGGCUUGAUGGAAUCCCUGGUGCCAGUGGCGAGAAAGGCGAUUCAGGUUUCCCAGGAAGAGACAUGCCCGGACAGCCAGGACGACCUGGUCCAAAGGGUGUGAAAGGCGAUAUUGGCUUACCGGGCUUCCCUGGAUCACCGGGAGUUCCAGGCAGGAAAGGAGAGCAAGGAGUCACGGGCAGCAAAGGUCUCCCAGGCAACCCAGGACCCCCUGGCCCACCCAACUUGGCUCUGGAGGGGCCAAAGGGAGAAAAGGGGGCCUCAGGAGAUCCAGGCCGGCCAGGGGCCCCUGGUGUACAGGGGCUGCCGGGAUCUCCAGGACUGAGUGGGCCCAAAGGAGACAAAGGAGAGCCAGGGUCUCCAGGAUUCCAAGGCUUCCCGGGGCCGAAGGGAGAUCUGGGGAUCCAAGGAUCGCCCGGUAUCGCUGGGCACCCCGGAUUGACAGGACAGAAGGGAGACCAAGGACCUCAUGGAGUUCCAGGCUUUGUUGGGUUUAAAGGCUCCUCAGGACCCCCUGGAUUACCUGGCAUACAGGGUGACAGAGGACAACCGGGGCAGCAAGGUCAGCCGGGACCACCUGGACCUCAGGGCCCCCUGCAGCUUGUGAAGGGAGCCACCGGAUUGCCUGGACAACCAGGAAAAGAUGGACCAACGGGAUAUCCUGGGUUUCCGGGAGUCAAAGGUGACACAGGUUUCCCAGGCGCAGUGGGAGACCCUGGUGAUAUAGGACCUCCGGGCUUCGAAGGCAGACCUGGGCAGAAAGGAGAAAUUGGACCAACCGGACCACCAGGUCCACGAGGAUAUCCCGGACCGGCGGGUCCAGAAGGAACUCCUGGCCCCCGGGGAUUCCCCGGCCCUGCCUCCAUUGCUCACGGCUUCCUCGUUACACGGCACAGCCAGACCACAGAGAUUCCCAGCUGCCCUCACGGAACGUCGAAAAUCUACGAAGGGUUCUCCCUGCUCUACGUACAGGGCAACGAGCGGGCUCACGGCCAGGACCUGGGGACGGCGGGCAGCUGCCUGCGAAGGUUCAGCACCAUGCCCUUCCUCUUCUGCAACAUCAACAACGUCUGCAACUUCGCUUCGAGGAACGACUACUCCUACUGGCUGGCCACGCCUGAGCCCAUGCCCAUGAGCAUGGCCCCUGUGACCGGUCAGACCAUCAAACCCUUCAUCAGCAGGUGCUCUGUGUGUGAAGCCCCAGCCAUGGUGAUUGCCAUUCACAGCCAAACGAUUCAAAUCCCACUCUGUCCCAGUGGCUGGCAGUCCCUCUGGAUCGGAUAUUCCUUCAUGAUGCAUACCAGUUCCGGCGCCGAGGGCUCAGGACAGGCCCUAUCAUCCCCGGGUUCGUGCCUAGAAUCCUUCCGCACCGCUCCCUUCAUCGAGUGCCACGGCCGGGGAACCUGCAAUUACUAUGCAAACUCCUACAGCUUCUGGCUGGCGACUGUGGAGACCACAGAAAUGUUCAGGAAACCGCAAUCAGAGACGCUAAAAGCGGGAGAACUGCGGACGCGAAUCAGCCGUUGUCAAGUGUGCAUGAAAAAGACGUAAAGUACUGAAGCCCCCUGGCGUGGCGUGGCUGGCGGCCUCUCUCGGACAAUGGUGCUAAUUCUAUAAUAAAGCAAUAUGACAAUAUCCUGUGUACCUCACCUGUAUUAUCCCGAAAGAAACCAAGUGCAUAGCAACAGGAACGGAGAAUGAAAGCAAAAAGCUUUAUCCUGCGAUGUCCUGGUACCUUCCGCUCUCAGAACGAUGAUAUAUAAGCUUCCCGCUACUGACAUACUAAAUGGCACCUUGUUCCCUCAAACGAUGCACUGAAUAUUAACAGAAAAUAAGCGCAGUCCGGCGAAGAGAUGGCAGAGAGUUAAAAGGCUGUAAGCGGGGUCUCGGGUCCGGGGUCAUCGCUGUGGACAGCCUCAGUCGGGGAAAUCACCCCAGGGGCACAGAUGGGUCUCGGAGCAGCGGCGCGAUUGGAGGCCUGUUGGGGGACCCUCCUACCGCCAGCCCCUCCAGAACCCCAUCUCUGCCGUUUAACUCAUUCCCAUCUAUCUGCCGGACCUGUAUAAUGUAUACUAAAUCGUUUCUAUUUAAAACUUGCUGAGCAUGGGUGUGAACUCAGAAGCUGCAGAGACGUCGGGGGGUGUGACAGAGGCGCGGCGGUUUGCGGUGAUGUGUGAGCAAUGGGGAUUCUGGACUCCACUCCAUGUCCGAGGGCUGAAUUUACAAAGGCGCAACGCACAGGGAACUCUGGCGGGGCCACACCCGGCAAAUCAGGCCUCUCGUCGGUGCCCUCGGGCUUUGUAACGUCAGCCCUGUUAUUUAGUAUAUAUUAUGAAAUUGUAUACUAGGUGCUAUGGAUUAUACACUGUCUUUAAACCUCUCCGGCUCCCAGCUGACUGUCAGUAACUCUGCUGUUCCUACCUUCACUGUAGCUGCUACCUGCCAUUAAACUGCAUUACUCCUCGCGUUAUUUAAGAAGGUUUACUAAUAUCUGUAUGGGCUCUGCGAUUGCAAUCAGCUCCUUACAUCUGUGUUUCUGUGCUCAGCGGGAAUAUCGCCCCUGUACAGCUCCUUCCCAGAAAUGUGGAAUGACGGGCAGGGAGAGCAGUGGGUAUAACUGUACUCCCCGCCACGCCUUCACCACAGGGGUUCUUCCGGCAGCGCCCAGAAACUGACCUUGGCCACUUUCCGCACACUGGGUUGGUUACCGUUUCACGUAUGUGUGGCAUGGAUCAGACACUAUCCCAUCUGGUAACUGCUGCCUUGGGCUUGCUUGUUUGAGUUGUUCCCGGACUGGCUAAUUCCAGAUCAGGUUCAGCGGGCAGGUUGUUCCCAAGCCUGAGUUAGUGAACAGCCCGGUAACAUCGGGUGCGAUCCAUCACCUCUCGGCGAGGUUGCAGUAACAGGCCAACGAGUCCUGGGUUAGGAGGGGAUAAAGAAGGCGUGUGGCGGAAAGUGGCGACGGUGUGAGGGAGUAACGGGGGUCUCUGCUGUCGCGGGUGAGGAGUUUCACUCACUGGGAGGGGUGCCGUGGGUGCAGAGUCUGUGGACCCGCCAAUCUCUCCGAGUCUCCCCGUUGUAACGAGCUGUGUGUUACUGCAGUUCCCGGACCUGUGGCAGAGUUAUUAUCAGGGUUUUGUAAAUGACAUAUUGUACACUAGAAAUGACUUGACUCUCCGCUCACCUAAGAGGCCUUUUAAAAAAAUUUUUUGUAUUUUUUACUGUUCGUUUUAAAAUGUAGUAAAAUGUGGAUGUUGGGAAGAUAGCUUAAUGUGGAACAAGGUGAGGAGGUCAGUCCAUGGACAACAAACCUCUGGGAGUUCAGCAGUUGCGCACAGAGAUCUGGGCUUUUUUUGUGCUAAUUCUGGUUUCCCCGGACUCGAUUGUACAUUUAUAAAAGGAUUAAAAUUAAUAAUUCUGUGGUUCGAA